UUGUUCUUAUUUUAUUCCUUAUACGUCUCUGCUGCAUUCACAUCGAUGAAAUAUAGAUUUUGAUAUGGAUAUUUAGUCAAAUCUUUGCCGUAAAGUUAUAAUUUCCCAAAUGAAACCAACCAACGGUCGAAUCUAAAGCGUCUAGACAGACGUCCUUUGCUGUUUAUGUAUGGUUGAAGACUUGGCUUGUUAGUUAGCCAUGUCUCGCUUUACCAGUGCCUUCAUUGCAUCUCCUUAUAGAAGUGAUCAGGCGCCAAAAUCAACUGAUAAGAGGUGGAGUAGGCCUCCAGAGGGCCUUGUUGUACCCCAGGAUGUGGAGAGGGGGCUGGGGCCAUGGAGUAAGGACCAGGGGCCGUCCAGCUCAGACCCCCCUCUCCUCCCUCAGCUGUGGGGACCCAAACGGCACCUAGGCCAGUCCAGCCCUGGACCCAGGGUUCCCAUGGAUACUGCUACCAGGUACAGGAUGACCAGCAGACAGCAGACAGGAACAGCUAUCCUGGUGCGUGGUUGUCGCAGGCAGAGUCCGCUCCCUCUACAGGGUACAGCUGUAGGGAGACUGGGGCUGUCAGAGGAGGAGGCCAAGGAGCAGAUGGAGAACGACACAGUGGAGUUGGUGAGAGAGCUGGUUACCAUGCCGUCCAGAGACAGAGUCAAAGCUGUACGAGGCCUUCCUGUAAGUCUGGGGGAGCGCAGAAACAUCAGGUGCCGUGUCUUAGCAGAGAAGUUCUCCAGGAGGAGUCUAGAGAGAACAAGCUGCACUGACUGUUGGGAGCAGAUCUCACUGUCUGUUCAUAGGUGCAGCAGCGUGGUGUUUUUCAGACAGUCUCUCUCUCUGUGGCGCGGUUCUCUGAGGGAGAUCAGUGGAAGGUUUGGUUCUGCUGUUCUCUGCUACUUCCUGUUUCUAAGAUGGCUGCUCCUCUUCAACCUCCUCUCCUCCCUCCUCAACCUCUCCUUCAUCACGUUGCCGUGGGCGAUGCUUAGCACCGACACUCAGGGCGCCGGGGCAACUGCCGGGUUCAGGGGACUGGAGCUCCUCACUGGAGUGGGGUGGUUCAACGUGUCCAUGCUGUACUAUGGUGUCUACAGCAGUAACAGUGUGCUGUCUAGUUAUAACAUCCAGCUAGCUUACCUCUUUACCAUCACCUCCUACAUGCUGCUCUGUGGAGCCUCAGUCAUAUACAGCAUGGCAGGGUGUCUCCAGACUGGUGUUGUGGCGUCAGGUGUAGCGGCUCAGAGACCUGGCUCUCUGUCUGGAAGAGGAGAUGACUACUGGAGACUGUUGUGUAGCUGGGACUUCUCUCU